GGAAUGAUGUCUUUCUUGGUGGCACAAACGGAGCAACCAAUGCCAGGCUAUGGCGAAAAGUAGGCAUAGUCUGAGCUAAACACUUGCAACUCCGCCGACUACUCCAGAGUGAACCUCGACGCGCCUUCUGUUGCCGAGCUUGGUGCUGCCCUGGAGAAGCACACAUGCUUCAACGACACAAAGCGCAUCUGCGACGUCGCUUGGAGCCUCGUGGGAACUUCAGCCAUCUGGGUGGCAUUAGCUAUCAGAGGACUGUUAGUGGCAAGCUAGUGGCCUUAGCUUGGAUGGUUGAUUGCAGUCAAAUUAGCUGCUAUCGUAGCAUUGCUCUCUUUGCAGGACUGGGCCACAAAAGAGCUCUACCUCUAUGUAUUAGUUGCGGACGGCGCCGAGUACCUCGUCCCCACGUGCAACGACAACUAGUCGGUGGUUCCCGACAUGAAGUGCCAGAUCUUGCAAGCCUUCAGCUGGGAUGUCAUCGUCCGUAAAGAUGGCAAUAGCUGCUGGAGGACCUUGGAGAGGAAGGAUGGACGGGAAGUUCUCGUGGGAGACCAUGCAUACAAAGGUUAAUGGGACUUGCCGUCAUAUAUAUAAUCUCACGCGAAUCUU